UGGGGCAAAAAAGCAAGCAAGCAGGGGGAGGCAGAGUGGACAAGAACUCCCGAAAACUAAAGAAGCAAAACAAAAAAAACAAAACAAGAAAGAAGAACAACAACCAUAACCAACAAAAAUCUCAAACCAACCGAUAAACCUUUUGACGAAGCAGACCAACAACAGACACGAAAAGAAAGAAACAAACAACCAACAAUACAGAGAUCUCUCUAUCCAAAGACCAGCAUGACGACGGGUUAUCUUUGGCAAAGGCAGCUUAGUUGGAAAACUAUUGGAAUAUUAAGGAGCAAAAAAAAGGUGACAAAAACACAGAAAGAAGUGGAGAAACAAAAACUCACUCCUCACACGGCAAACACAGAAACCACACGAGAUGAUAACCGAUACACAUAAUCUUGAUACACAUACACAAAGAAACAAGCACUACCACUACUAAUACUUCUACUAUUACCACUACUGCUACUAAUAAUACUUUAUGAUUAAAAGAAAAACUGUAAAGGAUAAUAUCGAACCACGGCUGGAAUGAUGAUCGAAAUCUCGCACUGAAACGCAGCGUGUGCACGUAAACCCCUUUUUGUACAAUAUAUCCUGUAAAUGCGUCUCAUAUGUGUGUGUGUGUGUGCGCGCGCGCGUGCGUGACUGUGUAUGUGAGCGGGUGCGAUAGUGAGGCAUACGUGUCGUACCAGCGUAAUUUGUUGUAAAACAAUUUCCUACGAGAUAAGACGACCCAAAACUGUCGGCAAGAAGUGAAGAUAGUGUGAAUCUAACGAAACUGUUUAUCCUUUAAAAAGACAAGCAAGAGAUAAAAUGUGACGAAAAACUAGCCCCCAUUAUAGGCAGAGAAAAAAACAAAACUCUGUACGCUUUUAAGUGCGCAGGGUUGGUGGCGUGUUCGCGCUCGCGGAUCAAUUAAUCGUGUACAUACGUGUUAAUACGUGUGGCGGGUGAAUGGCGUGAAUGGCACGCACGGGCUAUUGAAAUGGAAUUUCAAAUAGGUGAGGUUCAGUGAACAAAAAAAAAACACCCCCAGCCCGAGCGAUUUAUACCCCCCCAAAACAAAACAAAACAAACAAACAAAAAAAGAAACGAAGCGCAACAUUACUUCACAUUGUUUAUCUGCCCAGGUGAUAUACAUAUAAAAACAAACCAACAAAAAAAAAACGUGUUGGUACUUCGUAGAAGUUGUGACCGCCUUUUCGCCCCGGGUUGCGCGUAAAGCGGGUAAAGGUUUCCGAUGCAAAUUUAUCGCACCAUUAUCGGUUCGGUGUGGCCGGUAGGACAAUAGCAGGAUGUGAGGAUGGAAUGGCCAUUCGACGUUGCCAUGAGCGAACAAUUUUGUGAAUAUUUCACUGUACAGCAGCGACACGCAGAGAGCAGUGCACACACAUUCCUAGCAAAAGGUGAGGUCACACGAAGGGUACGAAGUUAGACAGAGAGUAAGCGAGUGAACACAAUAUUCCUAAAAACUUUAAAAGUCGGCAAAGAUCUGUUUUCAUCUUGACGAAAAUGUUAAGCAAACGAGAGGAAACGAAGACAAAAACAGCGAAUACAGAAGCCGAACACUUUAAAUACCCGGAUUUGAUACCCUUAACGCCCCGAAGGUGGAUUGGUAAAUCGGUCGUUUUUUCCCUAAACCAAAUCAAGAAGAUUUCCUAGAAAUAAAGCACGAAAAUGGCCCGAUUUAGGCGCGAAUAUUUAGGUAAAAUGAACAUCAGUUAAAAUUAAAUAAUAACAUACACACUAUCGAUUCGAGUAAGAGAAACACUAAACAAAAUGAUUUAUCACACAUAAAAGGAGGGAAAACAAAGCGAAAAAUAAGGAGCAUUUAAUUAACUAAAAUAAGCUCCCCCUAAGAGGCUGUAAAAUAGUCACCACUGGCUUUGGUUAAUGAGUUGGAGUGUGGUCUGUGUUAGCGCCAUCACCAUCGCCAGCCCGCCAAAACUAAACAAAUUAAGGCUAAGUGAAGCGAACCGGUGCCAAAGAGUGAGGGAGGUGGCAUACCAUUUGUUGAUCAUUUGUAAAACGUACUUUAAAUCCUUUUAAGAAAAAUGCCAUUAACCACUAGCUGCUAAGCCACAACAUCGACAACAUGGUUCAACAAACUUUAAGCUACAUUUCUCUACACUAGCCUAACACGGGCGAUAAAAAAAGAAGAAAACUCUCCGUUUGAUAAGUUUUAUCUAUUGUACGGAACCGCUAAUCAUAAGAUAACCCCUAAAUUGUUUUAUUGUGCAUUAGCCUGGUUUCGAUCAGUCGAUCAUCAUCGUGUUGCUGCGAAAAGCGAAACCAUUGCCGCGCAACGCAUCCUUUGAUUUGCAUUUCUUCACGGCUUUGCGCAGUGCGCCUGUGUGUAUACUAUCCGCGGAGCAUGCGUUCGCUCCUGUUUCUUGAGGCCAAACAAAACUCCCAUUAAAUAGUAAGCGCGAUUUCGAGAUGUUAAACAGCAUGUUGGGUCAGUGUAAAAGAGAGUUAAAGAAGAAAUACGUUGUGUUUGAAAAAGGUUUUGAGGUUUGUGUUUUUAAAACGCCACCAUAAACGUACACAGUGUUAGCGCCAAAUCAAGCGGCCCCACAGUUCCUUUUGCUAGUUGUUUGUGUUUUGCCCCUUACAUCCGAGAGAGUCGGAAUAACAUAGCCCCCGAUUCGUUAGACACACAGACCCACAAACACAUACGUUAAGUUUGAUCGUUCACGGUGAUUGCUUUGUACUGUAAAUGUAAAUAAAGGUUAAUGGAUAGUAAACAGCUGCGAUCAAGGAUUCGAAAGAAGAGAAAGAGAACGCGAAGAAAAAAGAGAUAAUUAACACAAACGCCGCACACACACACACACACACACACACACACACACACACACACACACACACACACACACACACACACACACACACACACACACACACACACACACACAGUACCACAUAUUCUAAAUAGUUAGCGAUAGUGAAAGCGAAGAAACGAAAUUCCAAAUCUAUAUUCCUACCCCGUACGGAUAAUGGUAAACGAUUAAGCUGUGCGCUUUGAGAUGAUUUUUAGUGCACAAUCGUUACCCCAUCAAGAGAGUUCUUAGUAGCUAAGGGUUCCUAAUGUAACGUUGUAAGCGAUACAAAAAAAAAAAAACAAAUCGUACAAUUCCAAAUACCGAACUUCCGACGCAAACAUUAAUAUCAACGCGGUGCUGCUCGUUUCCUGGAUGUUAUGUUGAACGAUCCUUUUCCUAAAGCUUUUUAAUGCUACUACACUGCUGUCACCGUUGGCUUGAAAUACUUUUAUGUACAUCCUCAUCCAUCCAUCGUUGUAUUGGUUCAAACAAAAGGCAAAGGCAAAAAGGCUAAAACGAUAGAAAUCGAACAAAUAAUAAAGCAUUUGCACACAACUAUUACCUACUAGUGAUUGUAAGUGAAAAUCCAAUAAAACGGGACCAACGGUGUGUUUGGAAAAAAAGAUAAACAAACAAACAAACAAGCAAACAAAGUAACGCAAAGUAACACCUCCACAACCAGCACAGUAAACAGCAAACCCACCACUAUUCCACACAUAGAUUCAGCGCACCAAGCAGGCAAACAACUGCUCAUCAGCAAAGCAAAAAAAAACGCACAACAGCACUCCCCACGAACCCUGCAAAAAGCAGACGCGAAGUAACGCAGAGCAUAUGCCAAAUACAAACAAAGCUAACGCUAACGGCAUCUUGUUUUUUACAGUCCUUUUGAAAAUUGUCUAUAAAAGACAAAAAAAAACAUUAAAAGCAUUCAACAUUGAAAUGGAAAUUUGUUUCUUUUUUGUUAAUUUUGGAGCAUUAAAAAAACGCUUUGAAGUAACGCAUAACGACGACACGUUACACAUAGCGCAAACAUCACGCAGCGGUUUAUGUCCCCGCUAAGCUUUCACUUUCAUUUCGAGCUGCGUGCUGGCUGCAUACAGUUGGCUGCGUACUGGCUGCGUUCGCAUUUGCAAUUGCAAAUUUUCCGUUAUGCAGGAGAGACGAUACAAAAACGAAACGUAACCCAAACCCCGCGAAAAUACAGCAGUACUGCCAUUUUCUAGUGUAAUCAAACAGGAAAACCAGAGUUUAAAUACCGCGUAAAUGCCGUUGUACCAGUAGAUAAAGUUUAAUAAAACAAACGAACCCUUUUCCACCGUCACACCAUCUCCUCUCCCUACCCAGCAUAACGAGUCACAAACAAAUUUUAAGCAAAAUAAUGGUGCCAAGGAAGCAUUUGCUGCACUAAUUCAGUUUUUAUGCCACGGUUUAAAGAGCGGAAAGAGCGAGAACGUAGCGUGUGUGUGAUGAUUACUGUAGUCAAUAUAGUGAGAAUAUAGGGCCAUCGGUUCUUGAGGUAGUGCAAUUGGUGCAAUGCUCUCCGGUAAUAUUCGUCUUAGAUAGUCGAAACGCAAAAAAAACGUCGGAAAAUGGGUUGCAAAUACUUUUGAAACAAUGCGGAACCGAUGCCAUAAUAGGAAUGGUGCACCGACACUCUCCCAUUCCCACAGGCCGACCCACAAAUUGAUAGAAUUUCGAAUGCAAAACUCAUCCGUUCGUUCAUUCGGGAGAAAGGAAUCGAUCGAAUCGAGCAAAUUGUUCACAACACAGACACACAUGAACAAAGUGGUACUAAAGCGUUUACUAGUAAUUUAAUAAGCUAGCACACAAACACACACACACACACACACCGAGCACACAGUGGGCCAUAGAGAAUACCACGCACGCAGUCAACAAACGUUGCUGGUGGAGGGUUAUGUUAUAUAGUGCAAAGCAGAAGGUAGAGAAAUUGUAAAAAAAGCCAAACCAAACCAAUUACCGAAAAGAAGCGAGAUUAAAUCAUAGCUACAGUUAAACCGUUACACACGCUGGGAAAACGAAUAUUACCCCGUCGUCGUCGUCGUCGUCGUCGGGAGACAAUUUUAUAAUCGAAAACCCCGUUCCAGACCUGUGUUUUGUUUAUUUCUCUUUUUGUCUGAGUGAUUUUGGGUAAAAACGCGUUAUCCUCCCAGCGCCACCCCCAGCGGAGUGUUGCUGUCACUCCCGAUUUGUCACAAACGCGGCUACAGGUGAUGCGAUUGCCGGGAGUGAACGAGAUGCCUAUAGGGAUGGGGCAGGUGUGUUGUUGAUUAUUUCAACAAAAAGCCCAGCCAGCCACACACACCACGCGAAAGCGAAAACGAAAGGCCGAACGACAUGAAAGGGGGGCAGCAGCACCAGCAACCUGGAAAAUAUGCGAAGCGAAAGCCAAAAAUAAGGAAACCAGUUCUUCACCAUGCAACAUCUUCCCCCCCAUUGACUCCCUUCUGUCUCGCCCCGUGCGUGGUGGGUUGGGCUAGUCGAAUCGUUCCACUAAACUAGUUUGGAUUUAAUCGAAUGCACACGCGUACGCCGGCGCGCUGGAUGUAGGUGCGAAGCAAAACUGCCAAAAAUUUUAGAUAAACCAAAUAGUACGAUUUACUUAACGAUCAAGAUCAAGAGAGGACGGCUCGGGAAGCAGGAACCGUGCGAUCGUGUAUAGCGUAAAAGGGAAAAUGUCUUGUUUUGAACAUACGCAAAGGCCAAACUACUAUAUGUCCCGUUCAGAUAGAUAGUGUUAUCAUGCGUUUUUUGUGCCCAUCAUCCCUCCCAUUCCACAUUUCAUCAGUUCGCGAAACGUAGAGAUCGCAAAUGUCGCUAGCUUUAAAAUGAGAUGCCGCUGGCCUUAACAUUCAUGCCAGUCGAUCCCCCGAUGGGAUGGGAUGAACUUGCUCUCAAUCUUCAAAUUUAUGGCCACCACCAAAAACACGACUUUAGCGACAGUCGUGGGUGCAAAAUUUAAACCAAAGUGCAGCAUGUUUUUUUUCUUCUUUUUUUUCUCAUAUGCUCAUCGCAGUGUUUGGCGGUUUUUGUGCCGUGCUGCAUAGAUAGUUUGAUUUAUACUUCAUCCAACUAGGCCUUUUGUGAGGAAAAGGUCUUCUGGCUCUGGCACACACACACACACUUUGCGGCGGCUUGUGGUGUGCUGCAAACUGCUACUUAGUCCGCAGCCCAUCGAUCGAUCGACCGAUCGAUCAAGGUCUUAUCGGGUGGCAAAUUACUAUUCACACCGCCUUUAAAGGUGCUAAUUUGCCUAACCCGUGUGUUUUCGGGAGCGGAAUCGGCUUGAUUAGCACUUCACUAGUGCAGCCACCGGGUGUACUGGCCCAUAGGUUAGCCACUGCCAUUUUGCCGAAUGGAAUUCCGAGCGAGCGGCGUUUCGCAGCUCAGCUGUCAAGGGCAUCAAGGAAGUGAUGAUAGAGAGAAGCUUCCAAUUCGUUUUCAGUCAUUCGCGGCUUUAUUCGCCAAACACUUUCGGAAUCGUUGUAUUCUUAUCAUGCAAAAAAUGUAACCAAAACCCGAUCGAACGAGUUCAAACACGUGUACAGCAGGGAGGCACAGGAGAAAUGGAGAAAGUGAACUCCCGGAAGGAAAAAGAGCCUAAGCUCCUUUUCCUGACCAUGUAAAUAGGUAUGUUUUAAGAUGAGCGGGGAAAGUGCUCCUAGUUAAACGAAAUAAAAAGAAUGAAAAAAAAAAUCAACACGAAUCCUUACUAAAAACUAAAAACCUUUGAAAAAAUAACACACAAAUGUAUUCCAGUUUUGAGAGAAAAAACGGUAAAAAGGAAAAAAGAAGGUAAAAAAGCAGACACAAAACCGUGAACCAAUCGCCGACAACAUGUAAGCAAAAAAACAAAAACGUUAAUAUAGUUUUUUUUGUGAAAAGUGACAAAAAAAAACACACACACACACAUCGCACCAACAAAUAGGCCAGACUGUGCCGAAGAUAAGCUGUUAAUAGAAAGAUGAAAAUAGGAGAAAGCUACGGCCAAGAUGAUAAGACAGAAGAGAAAAACACAACAACAACAACAACAACAAAAUGAUAAAUAAGCCGCUAACGUACUCUUGCGUUGAAAUGGAUAAGAGAAAGAGUAACAAAAACAAAACAAACAACUAAAACUAAACCCCUAUGUAAAGCAAAGAGGAAACUUUAUCAAGCCAAAGCAAGGAAAAAGUAAACCAAACAAAGAGGAGAGUAGCACACACACACACAAACUGCACACAAAAACGAAGAAGGAAAUGCACAAAACUCGAAGAUACUAGACUAGAGAUCGUGCACCAAAAUAGGCCACCGGCAGCAGAGGGCCCAAGAGACAGCGAAGACAGGUAAAUAAAGUGGCCAAUUGAUUGAGGGAAAUGGAUCCAAAAAAAAAACAAAUAAAAACCAAUUCACCAAACAAACAAUGUUGCCAAACUCGUUGAUGGGAAGAUAGGGGACAGAUUAAAUUGAAGCGUAAACUAAAACCAUAGAGGAAGAAGAAAAAACACGCACACAUACACAGAAACAAACUCUAAGAGGCACAGCAAGUGUGUGAGGGAUGGUUAAAAAAAAAGUGCAUAGAAGCAAACUGAUGUAAUAAAACAAAGCGAAAGAAGCGAAAUAAUAUGAUAAGAAGGUUAAGGUGAGGGUGCGGAGCAAAAAAGGGGAAACGGUGGAAAGCAUUUGUUAAAUUAUAAUAUUUUCAAAUUUAUUGUAAUUUCUAUGAAAUAUAUGAACAUGAAAAACAUGAGCAGAAAUGCGAUCGAGAAACCAACAACAA